AGUCUAGGACUGAAACUUGUAUGGCAGACAAUCAAUUCCAGCCCAGCGCUCGAAAUCCUCCAACGCAUGGGAGCGCAAGCAAACCAAACGAGUCUGGCUCGCUCUCCAUCCACCCCUUUCGUGUGUCCCCCCACUAGAAAGUCUGGAAGCGCCCGCGCGGCCCCGCGAAUAUUUUGAACUGAGCCAUCCACGCACCGCCGCCUUUUGAGCUCGCGGCGAGGGUUUGGGCGGCGGGCGCGACAUGGCCGGGAAGAAGACCACCCCAGCAAAGCCCGCCCCUUCUUCCACUCAGCGCAACGGCAGCGCCGUCCCCGGUUCCAAGAGCCGGCCUAAGCAGGCUUCGGAGGAGGCCGCGGCCGCCAGCGCCAAGGCGCAGUCGCCCUCCAAACCGCGCAAAAUAACCAAGGAGAAGCCGGCGGCCGCGAAGAAGAAGCGCGAGAAAACGGAGCCCCAAGAGGGUGGCAAGCGUAGGAAGCAGCAGGUGUUAGCCGACGCGGCGACGCCAUCGAAGAAGAGGAAGAAGGGCGGCGAAGGCCCGGAACCCAAGGAAGCCACGCCCGCGAAGAAGCACAAGCCAGCCGGGACGCCCCCGAAGAAGCAGAAGGCGCCCAGCAAACCCGCGACGCCUGCUAAGAAGCAGCAGUCACCCGGCAAAGCGGAGAAGCUCACGCCGAAGAAGAAGCAGCAGUCACCCGGCAAAGCGGAGAAGCCCACGCCGAAGAAGAAGCAGCAGUCACCCGGCAAAGCGGAGAAGCCCACGCCGAAGAAGAAGCAGCAGUCACCCGGCAAAGCGGAGAAAGCCGCGCCGAAGAAGCAGCAGCAGCAGCCAGCCGGCAAAGCGCGGAAGCCCGCGGCGGCGGCGACCUCGCCCACGAAGAAGAAGCAAGCCAAGCGCGAGAAGCCCACUCCCACCAAGAGGAAGCGCGGCGACGACGAGCAAGCAAAGGAGGCCAAGAGCCCCAAGAGAGCGCCCGCGGAUGGGGCGGCGCGCGCAUCUACGCCCGUGAAGAAGAAGCUGAAGGACCAGAAGGCGGCUGCGGCAAACAUGGGUGUGUGCAGCUUCUCCAUGGCGCGGGUGCGGCAGCUGAUGCGGGCCGAGGACCCCACCAUCCGCCCUUCCAGUGAGGCUGUCUUCCUCAUCAAUAAGGCUUCAGAGUUCUUCUUGGGGAAGUUUGCAGAGGAUGCUUAUCACAAUGCCGCGAAGGAUCGUAAGAAAUCCAUUAUUUACGAUAAUCUUUCAACAGCUGUUUCCAGCCAGAAGACUUUAAAGUUCCUUUCAGAUUUUGUACCGCAGAGAGUUGCAGCCGAAGAUGCUUUGAAGGCAAUGACGAGCAACAACUCGUAACCGAUUAUGCUAGACUAGAUUGUUAGUCCUCUACUCCUCUAUUUAGGCACGGCAGUGUUUUUUCUCCAGCAUGUACAAGGAAACCUGUAGUACUGACUCAUUACUGAAUUCUAUAUUUGAUCUGCAUUUCAGGCAGAACAGCUGAUGCACCGUACCCUGUGGUUUCUGUCCAAUUUAUGAUUUAUUACCCCGAGACCUGUAUUAGUCCAUAGAUAAGAGUGGAUUCAAAUGUUUCGUGAAAGGAUUUAUUUAGAGCUCAUGAAGGUAUAUUUACCUAUGAUUUAAGACAACUGUAUCAAAUAUUUAUUAUUUCUUAGUAAUAAAAAGAUAGAAUCA